AUCAGUGACUCAGUCACUCAGUCUAACGUUCAGUGUUUGUAGGUGACCGUCAUCAGCACCCUGAAGCUGUGCUCAGCGACUGUAUACUUACUAAUCAUUUAAGAAAUUGACUCGAGAAUAUAUACUUUGCUGCAACACAAGUGGAUAUUUAAAAGGAACAUCUCGUAAGUGUUGGAAUCUUAUCUUGGGGACUAAUGUUGUGUAUUAUAAUGCUCUACCUAUAGACGUAUCAUAAAAAACUAUUGACAACGAACACUGAUUGAAUAUUCAUAUAGUGUGCUAAGCUUAUACCAGAAUAAGUAAUGGGUUUCUUAACCUUCAUAUUGGCCUGUGCCUUGGCUGGUCUGGCUGUGUAUGUCUACGAGACUCGGAAAAAAGGGAAGGAAGUGAAAGCCUAGACCCAGCACUUUGAGGAACUCUUGCGUAGUAUAUAUACAAAAGUUAAAAUGAAACUACACAUAACGGCGUCUUUGUCAAAUUGAGGGUGGGGAGGGUUAUCUAUAAGCAAGAGUUACCUACAAAAUAUACAAUAUGGACCAACAUAACUACAUCAGAAGAUAAGGAAGGACUUAAAAUAAUAUCAGAAUGUUACUCAGCUUACCUCAACACACAUGGUAGAUUCUACACUGGUUACAACAGUCUACAGCCUUUCCUAAAUUAACACUAGCACAACCACCAACUGAGUGUUAUUUCAACUGACACAUAAAUCACCUGAGAGAAGUCAUUAACGUUUUUCAGACGCCAAACUGUACCCUGUAGCACAAGUUACUGGCCCGCUACUGAGGAUUUAACCAACUAAAAUAGAUCUUUAAGCAGUACAGAAAUAACACCGCACCAAUGGCAUUACCAUCUUUUUAAUCCAUUACUGGAGAAACUAUACACAGUUACAUGAUGAAAGAAACACCAAUACAAGAUAAUCAGACAGUACUACUCAAUACCAUGAUUGUCACAGGCAAAGAUGGCAGAAAUAGUGAAGCUCUACAAAUGAGACCUUCGCGUCACUUCAAGGUAACCACUUCAGGGACAGUAAUGCUGACAUAACACAUGCAGAGUGGUGAAGCAUUCCAACACUCAACAACACACGGCACUUGGAGAGCAAGGAAGAGAAAUUUUAAGUUAUCAUAUACAAAAUAAUAGAUAAAAGUAACCAACAUUAGGGCAUAUGAAACAACAAUAUACAGGACAUUUACAAAAAGUCUUACUCUAAACCCAACGCAGGAUUUAAAUUCGCUUUUUAUUUUGUUAAAGGACAAAGUUACGCUCAGCUGAUCACCACCUCGUCCUCUCCUCUCCCUACUAAUAUCAAGCAUCUGCAGGAGCCAACGACUAACUGGACUUAGGCAAUAACUAUUUUAAAUUAAGCAACAAGUCACUACACAUACCACAAGCAACACCUCUUCUACCAAACCAGCGGGCAAUAGCAUCACUUAACCUGGUAUCUACCUGAAUAAACGUUGAAGAAGAAAUGUCCUGGCCUGAGGUGGUGAAAUGGUUCGACCAAAACAAAAUCGUUCUUAUCGCCGUCACGUGCUCAGUGGUAGGUGCUGGUGGGUUCCUGGUGGGGUUGCGGGUAUGGCUACAGGGUCCCAGCUGCAAGAGCAAGGCGCGGCUGGAUGGCAAGACAGUCAUCAUCACAGGCAGCAACACCGGUAUUGGCAAGGAGACCGCUCGAGACCUCUCAAGACGCGGAGCCCGGGUGGUGAUGCUGUGUCGAGACCUGCAGAAGGCGAAGGUGACAGCAGAGGAGAUUCACCAGGAGACUGGCAACACAGUAGGCAUCUACCAACUUGACCUAGCCUCCCUCGAGUCCAUCAGGAACACCGCCAACACCCUGAAGGACACAGAGCCUAACAUACAUAUCCUUAUCAACAAUGCAGGUGUGAUGAUGUGUCCUCGCUGGGAGACUAAAGAUGGGUUUGAGAUGCAGCUGGGGACCAACCACCUGGGUCACUUCCUUCUGACGCUGUUGCUGCUCGACCAGAUCAAGGCCUCGGCCCCUGCCAGGAUCAUCACGGUCUCCUCCAUCGCCCACACACAGGGCAGGAUGCACUGGGAGGAUCUGCAAAUGAAGGAACGCUAUGAAGCCAAGGAGGCUUACUGCCAGAGCAAGUUGGCCAACGUCCUCUUCUCCCGUGAGCUGUCCAGGCAACUCCAAGGAACAGGAGUGACGACGUACUCCCUACACCCUGGAGUGGUUCAGACAGAGUUGGGUCGUCACAUACACCAGUCUGUCAAUGGGUUCAUCCACUGGGCUUUCCACUUUUUUGGCAACUUCUUCUUCAAGACUGUGGUACGUGGCGCCCAGACUACCAUCCACUGUGCAGUUGAAGAGUCACUUGCCACCACUUCUGGGAAGUACUACAGUGACUGUGCUGAGAAACAACCUCAUCCCCUGCGUGUCUGUGACGAUGAUGCCAGAAGACUAUGGGACACAAGCCUACAGCUGGUGGGUCUUGACCAUUACAGUGCAUAGACUGUGAAGACCUCAGGCCAGAAUUCUCCAAGAAUGCUAAUUUGUCAGAGCUUGUCCAAGAAAACCUCCAUAAGUUACAAGUGAGAAGCAACAGUGCUCGCUGCAGAAAUGGAUCACCACUGACAUAAGUGACAUGUGCUGUGAGCCAGUCAGUACUGGCCUCCUCCAGUCAGUCCAGUGUGUUUACUCAGCCUUAUUUUUGUCACCAUUUUAGGUUUUUCCAGACAUCAGUCAAAAAAAAUCCCUGCAAGUGUUAGUAUUGGAAAUGUGACAAAAGAGUCAAGUCAAGUUAAAAAAUAUCACUGUGGAUGUGAGAAUGUAAAUGGUUUGGCAGGUUAGUUUUUUUUUAUUACAUUGAUAUUAGUAUAAUGACAAAUUUAUUAUUAAUAUUUCUUUAAUAAGUAUAAUGUUCACUUUCUGCAUUAUAAUUAGUUAUUACCUACUGAUGCCUCGAUGAAGUCCUCACACACACAGAGGCUUGGCUGAACUUUAAAUCACUUAUUUAAAAUAUAACUUUCUUUGGACAUGUGUGGUUUCCUGUCCAUGGUGUAAAACCCAAAUAUUUUAACUUAUUUUACAAAUCAAGCAUAAUCCACACUGCUUCCGACAGUACCUUUGUAGAUUUUAGUGAUGUCACUUCUCAUGUAUUUCAGUCUACAUUUCUUCUUAACUUUUGUCCAUUUAGAAUUUCUCAAUAUUCUACUACUGUACUGCCAGUCACCUGUCCUUGCAGCUAAAUUUCUUUAAACUUAUUUCCACCAUUCUAACUGCAUUGGCCAUUUUGCUGUUAACGGACAACCUUGCAGGUAAUUUUGUCAUCACGCCAAAGGUCUGUUUCACUUACCGAGCUGCCAAUAUGGGUCCAUAUCAGUUACCACUCAGCAGCUGCAGUUACAAAUUCUACUUACUGUACUAUCCUACUAUAAGUCCUGACUUCCAUUGAUCAUCCUGCAUGAAAACUUAAAACAAUAUAAAACAAUAGGGAAAUACUCGGUUGUGGCCGAGAAUGCAAGAUUUUUUUACUAUGGAAAUCUUGAUUUUGUUUGUCAGCCUUUUUUAAGAAUACUUGUACCAUCCCCAACACAAACAAGAAUGACCUGUGCUGAUAACUUGAUACUUCUUGGUUAGUAGGACUCCACAAGUUGCUUUUGAUUUGGUGCCAAGGAUUUUUGCUCAAAUAUUCCCAUUAUGUAGAUUUAGAAGUAUUAGUACAUUACUUCUUACCUGUGCUUUGUUUUAGUAAGUUAGUCAUCACAGGGAAUGAACCAAGGCUGUACAGAAUUAUAAUGCGUGAGGGUAUUGAAGUCUACAGUAUUGACAAGUCUCUUUCCUUUUGUGUUGUCACGUGUGUAUCUGCUUCACCUUUUUUCCAUAAUGAUUUUUUUUCCCUUUAGUGCCUUCGUGCUUAUAUGUACAGCUAGAAAUAAAACGUUCUAUGUCUGUCAAUUAUUGAAUGGUUAAAUUUU